UUCACACACUGGUGCAGGCAAAGCACAAUUGUAGCUACAGCUGCCCUGGGGCAGACUGACAUAAGCGAGGCUGCCAUAUCGUGCCAUCGGCCCCUCUGACCAAUGGAGGUAAUGAGUUACCCCAGAUCAUCUCUGCAGGAAUGGUGAGACAAUUUAUUCUGUGACUUAUGGAGCAUCACUUAGGUCAGGUGAUCUGUGGUCCGUGUUGUAGUUUCAACGCGAUCACACAUCUGUUGUGAUCCAGAGAAAGAGGAAACAGAUUCACGCAGAACGUUCCAGCUCCUCUGCCACAGACGCUAACCUGAGACCUUCAGCUGCAGCACGGUGAUGUCACACUGAAACAGGUUAGGUUAUCGUGCUUUUAAAUAAUAAAAGACAGACAUGAUGAGAGACUGUGUGACGGGAAACUUCAUUGUCAGACUGAAAAAGGUGUCUUUUUGUGCCUUGCAGACUUUUAUUUUGAAAAAUGAAAACUUGUGCAGGUCGCUGAGGAGGGCGCCUUUACUUCCUGUGUGAGUGUGCUGAGACCUGCUGUGAGGCGGUGAACCCUGACGCCUGAUGCGGCCUACACGUGUUAUGGUGCUCACUUCACCGCCCAGCUUGCUGUCAUCAGCCCUGCUAAUUUUCUUUUUUUUUUUUUUUUACCUGAUUUUUGUUUCUGAGAGAAAUGAGAGCCACAUAGGAGGACAUUUGUUUUAAAUUUUGAUAGAACAGUGGCAGUAUAUUGUCUUCGUAACUGGAUAUCAAGCCCUUGUAGAGCAAAAUGUAUUAUUUUGGUCUAGACAUCCCACAAAUGUGAUGUCCACAUAUGUGGACGCCAGUUCCUAGCAGGUUAAGGCAGAGCUCCGUUUGUAUUUGAAAUGAAACCACACUCAGUGAUGUGUUUCAGGCUCCAUCCCCAGUAAACAUGUGACUCUUUAAAAUGAAAUAAAAGAGGACCUAAAAUAAAUGAUGAUGCUAAUAAAGUUUUUUGUGAACAGAAACGGAUGACAUCAGUGAUGAGUUCAGGUGCAGCUGGGUAAUCUUCAGACUGCAGUUCAGGUCCCAUUGAACAGAGCUGAAGAGAAAGUGUGUGAGGAGGUGCAGAGGAAGGCACUCAGUCGAGUACAGUGAUUAAAGUUGUCCAGAGGGGCAGGGCCAACCUGCGAGCGACGAGUAAAUCGGAGCCGACGGCGAGGUUGCCGUGGUUCUGCCGUGUUGUUGUGUUGCUGCCUGUGUAUCUGUUGCCGUAAUGUUGUGUUUUGUGAUGUCUUGAUGCUGCCUGUGUGUCUGUGUUGUUGUUGUGUGUGUGUGUGACUGUGUUGUUUAUGUCUGUGUUGUGUGUCUGUGUUGUUGUGUGUCUGUUUUGCCAUGUUGCUGCCUGUAUCCGUGUUGUUGUGUCUGUGUUGCUGCAUGUCAUCAUUAAAUCGUGAGCUCUUGUGUUUGUUCAUAUGUUUCUGAUCAGAUCCCGAGUCUCUGUGGUUGCUCGGUAACGCCCUCUAGUGUAUUUCUGGCUCAUGUCAGGUCAGUUUGUAGCUCCUCCCUCUGCUAGCGUUUCUUUGUGAUUCUUUUUUUUUUUAUAUAUAUUUUUUUUAUUCAUUUGAACCCAAACAAAGAGGAGGAAGGACCUUCAUCUUCCUCACUUUUUAAAUCUUUUCCUCCCCUCAGAAACUCCUCCUGCUGUCUGCCCUUUCUCCUCCUCCUGUAACUCCUCCUCCUCCUCUUCCUCCUCAUGUUUCUGUUCAGCUCUGCAGUCACAGUUUACAGAUGUGGGGCAUUCAGGGCACUUUAGAGCUGCAGGAAAACUCAACCUCUUCUCUUUCAUCCGCUUUUUGUUUUUGAGACUUUUGAGGACGUUUGUUGAGCCCAGCAUUCAGGUUCAAUGGGGUAUCAGAGGAGCAUGUGGCGCAGUCUGACUGGAGGAGGAGGAGGCGAUGUAGCUGUGGUCAGGUGUUUCUGCUCAGAGGAACAGGUGAAGAUCUCUUUCAGGAGUGUGGAGGAGGAUCGGUGGCUCAGACGAGUGUUUGUGCGCCGCUGGUUUGAGUCCCCCCGCCUGUCCACCGCCUCCAUCAGCAGCGAUGAGCGUGCUCCAUCGUCCACACCCUCCGACUCCUCCGACCUGCUGGCAUCUUACCGGCGCCCCGUGAGCCUGAUCUCCACUUUGUCCUCCGGGUCUGGAUCUUCCAGAGACGACAACCUUGCGCUGCCUUCAUCUAUCACCAGCUCCUCCUCGGACCCUGACAUCAACCUUAACCUGAGCCCCGAGGAGGUCGCUGCAGACCUCCAGGGGUCGAGCCCCCAACCCAACAGGAAGGGGCGGAGCUUCAUUCACAACAAAAACAACAACAACAAAGACUGGAAGGCGAGUCGUACCUUGAGCCGCCGGCAGCCGACUUCACCGUUUAUCCGCGCCAGCAUGGCGCCCAACCCUCAGCUGACCUACCUAGACCGCGUCGUCAUGGAGAUCAUCGAGACAGAGAGGAUGUACGUGAGAGAUCUGCGCAUGAUCGUGGAGGACUACCUGGCUCACAUCAUCGAUCAGUCCGACCAGUCGGAUCUGUCGAUCUGUCCUGAGCUGGUCUGCGCUCUCUUUGGAAACAUCGAGGACAUCUACGAGUUCAACAGCGAGCUGCUUCAGGAUCUCGACCAGUGUGACAACGACCCCGUCGCCAUCGCCAGGUGCUUCGUCAUCAAGAGCGAGUACUUUGACAUCUACACACAGUACUGCACCAACUACCCAAAUUCGGUGGCGGCGCUGACGGAGUGCAUGAGGAACAAAUCUCUUGCCAAAUUUUUCCGGGACCGCCAGUCCUCGCUUAAACGUUCGCUGCCGCUGGGUUCAUACCUGCUCAAACCUGUUCAGAGGAUCCUUAAAUACCACCUGCUGCUACAGGAGAUAGAGAAGCAUUUUGACCCAGAGGAUGACGGUUAUGAGGUGGUAGAGGAGGCCCUCUACACUAUGACGGGAGUGGCAUGGUACAUUAAUGACAUGAAGAGAAAACACGAACAUGCUGUCCGACUCCAGGAGGUUCAGUCACUGCUGCUAAACUGGAAAGGUCCUGAUCUCACCACAUACGGAGAAUUAGUUCUGGAGGGAAACUUCAAGGUCCAUCGAGCCAGAAAUGAAAGAACGCUCUUUCUCUUUGACCGGGUGCUGCUCAUCACCAAACGUCGCGGCGAGCACUAUGUCUACAAGACGCACAUCUCUUGCUCCACACUGACGCUCAACGAAAACGCCAAAGACUCCCUGAGUUUCAGCGUCAUGCAUUACAAAAACCCCAAACAGCCUCACACCGUCCAGGCUAAGACGGUGGAGGAGAAGAAGCUCUGGGCUCAUCACAUCAAACGCAUCAUUGUGGAAAACCACCAAGCCAUCAUCCCACAGAAGGCAAAAGAAGCUAUCCUGGAGAUGGACUCCAUCUAUCCUUCCAAGUACCGUUACAGUCCUGAGCGCCUGAAGAAAGCCACAUCCUGCCACUCUGACGAGUUCCCACGAGAUGCUUGUCAGGGCCGCCGACAGUCAGAGCCAAUCAAACAAACCCUGAAAAGCAACAAAGCGCUGCUGGAGUGCUCAGAUGACAGGCGCUCUCUGCGGGCCGCCGUCAGCAGCAGCAUGCUGGGGGAGUCUGUCACGGUGGAGGAGGCGGAGCUCGGCAGCAAGAAGGACUCGCUAGAGCGCCUGCUGUGCAGCGUGGAAGAGGCGGGUCAGUUGGAUGAUGCUCUGCUGGAGGACAAGCAGGUAGACGACUUUGCCAGCUCCGUGCUCGCUGCCAUCUCCUGCUGGCACGUCACUGUCCAGGCCUUCUUUUCCGCCGCGGGGACGGAGACAGAGGGAGGCAGCGUCUCUUCAGACAACUCUAACAAAGAAAAUGGACAACUCCCUGAAGAAGAAGAGCCAGGUGGCACCGAGCUGACACCUAAGCAGCCAGCAGUAGAGAAGCUACCACAGGAGAAGAUGUCUGAACCAAUCUCAGAACCAGAACAUUUCACUGAUCCGACCCCUUCCAACAUCUCCAAUUCCUGUCGAAAGUCAGACAACCUGAAACCUGAAGUAGAUCCAGAACCCACAGAGGAGCCAUCCUCAGCUACACCUGAUUCAGAUUUGAAGACCUUGAGCAGUGGGGAGUCCUCUGAUGAUGAGGACAACGAGAAGGAGACAGCAGAGAAGGAAGGCGAAGCCACCAGCAUCCUCCCGUCCUCCGUCCUGGACAAAGCUAGCUCCAUCGCCCAGCACUUCACCAACAGCAUCAAGCGAGGCACCGUGGCCCAGGAUGACGCCCGCUCGCUCGGUUGUCCUUCACCUCGGUUACCCAGCAGGAGUGGCAGCGGCCUCAGCCUGAGUACCGAAGCAGACGACCGACCUCCGCGGCUCUGCAGCUUUGUUGCCGAUCCUGCAGAGACCUUCGGUGGGUCCGAUUUGACCAUGUUGUCUCCUCGAGAUGACAGUCUCUUUGACAGCGACCGAAGCAUUAGGCGAAGACGGGACUCCACGCUGUCCAAGCAGGACCAGCUGCUCAUUGGGAAAAUCAAGAGUUACUAUGAAAAUGCUGAAAACCAAGAUGCCACUUUCAGUCUUCGGCGCAGAGAGAGCCUCACAUACAUACCAUCUGGGUUGGUCAGGAGCUCCGUCAGCCGGUUCAACAGCACCUCGACCACCUCCACCUCCACUGUGGACCCUACUUAUGCAGAGUCACACUCUGCUUUACCCCAAAACACCCAGGAUCUUAUGGGCUGUAGUGGCUCUUUGGACUCUUUGAAGUCUGAACAAAGAAGCACUGAUCCAGAAGAUUCAGAAGGCAGCCAGAGGUCCAGGUCUCAAAGUGUGCAGGAUAAUCUCUCUGAUGAUGAACACUUCAAACCUUCAUCUGAAAUGAUUAAGAUCUGGCAGGCGAUGGAGCGAGACAUCAAAAAAUCCCAGAGUGAAGAUGGAGGGCAGGAUCGAACCAAAGAAGCUGCAGUAACCUCCAGAACCUCCGGCCUUUCUUUCCCAACCAAAAACUCUUCCCAUGAAAGCAGAGCUUCUGAUCUCAGAACAAUCAAAGAAGAGUUGACAAGCCCUAUGCCCCUCAAGCCCAACGCCUCGGAGGUGAACCGGACAGGAAGCGUGAGGGACACGCUAAAGAUGUUUGGGGAAGAGGCCGCCGUCCUCAGGGCUCCAGUGCCUCAGGUCAACCAGCUGAAGGUGGAGGCAGAAAAGGACCACCCCAGUAGCGCUUCAGACCAGGUGGUCGAAGUGGACAAGAUGGCGAGCAAAGUCCUCCACCUGGCUCGUCAGUACAGUCAGCGAAUCAAAACCUCCAGUCCGAUGGUCCGACAGCGAAGUCAGGGUCUCCUCUUUGGAAAGAAGAGCUUAGCCAGUGUGGUAGAGGAGAGGGAAGGUUCGGGUAAAUCCAGCCUGACUCUGCCGCUGGUUUCUCAUAAGCAGGCAACUUCUUUGCCGCUGAGUCCCGUAAACCACGUGAGGUCUUUAACCCUUGGCUUCACCUCCAGCUCAGCGGGAAACUCCAGGGGCGUCUCCUCGGGCCGGCCUCACUCUCGCAGCCCCCUCAGUCCACCUCCUCCCCUCGAAGGCUUCAACUGGCCCGAUGUCCAGGAACUCCGUUCCAAGUACUCCGCCAACAGCUGCUCCCAGAAGAGCGCAGUCAGUCGAAGUCGAUCCAUCCCGGAGCAGUUCGAUAGCAGUCUGAGGAGGCACUCCAGCUGCUCCUCAGGCUGCUUCCUCGCUGAUGAAGCUCCCAGAAGGGUUUCUUCACAAAGGCCUCACAGAAACGCCAGCCAAGAGGAACGCAGCAGACGGCUCCUCAGAGCCAAUUCCCUGGAUCCUCGGCUGAGUGAAUCUCAGAUGAGUGAGUUGCAAAAGCUCCAGGACCAGGUGGCAAACGACGGUUACUACAUUGCAGCUGAGGCCCCCCUAACAAACGACCCCGAACACAAGAUCAUUGUCAUGGAGAAGCUUCCAGAGCCAGAAGAAACAGCCAGAGACAAAAAAGAUGAAAGUUACGUCCAGAUCCGUUCACCCACCAGCAGAGAGAAGAUCUCCAUCAUGGCUGUCAUCGACCGGUGCCGGGCCUACCAGGAGUCUGACGAAUACCAACAGAGGGAGGAACUGAAGGCCAAAAUCGAGCAGAACAAGUCCACAGCAUUGUCUGCUGAUCAAGAUGUUUCCCAGAAAACGAGAUCAACCUCAGGACCGAAGGCGGAAGGUCAGCAGAGCAUCGUGAAGAACCUGAGGGAAAGGUUUCAGAGCCUGAGCUGAAGAGAGAGUUGUCCGAGCUCUCCUCUACAUGUUACGACUCUCAGUUUAUAACCAAAGAUGUAACAAUGACAAGCUGCUCAAGUUUUAAUGAUGACAUAAUUAUUUAAUUUAUGUGAGCAUGAAAGGAAAAGCUGUUCUAGCAUGUGGUAAUGGCACAAAUGUUCAGGGGGGUGAAAUAUUAAAACAAAGAAGUUAUCAUAUGUGUAUAUAAAGUCUGCAGUUAGAAUUCUUUCUGCUAUCUGAGAAAUGUAAAUAUCUUAUUGGAAAUCUUGAUGGGAGCACCUUUCUGUGCAGGAUGCCAUGUUUUGCACAGGGUUAUUACAUCAUUUUCUGUCCAGGUGGAAUCAGGACUACACUAAGGGAUCGCUUAAAGCUCCAAACUGCAGCCACUUAAACUUAAACUUUAAAGCUCCACUGUGAGAGGACUAACCACUAAACUCACAUUCAUUCCCGGUGUAAAAAGCGACCAGGUAGAGUGUGUGCUGUGUGCCAAGCAUUUCACCUCUUCACCUGACCUCCCUGAAGCCCCAACUCCUGUGACUCAGAGGUCAGACUGAUGCAGUAGUUUGGAAUUACUGCAGCACUUGAUCACUGAUUUUAAAUUUCAGAAUAUGGAUUUUUGGAUUUUAAAAAUAUGGAGGUCUACAUUGUCAGCACCAGACUCACCUCUUUGUUUUCAGAGGUCUUGUUGCAGAAAUUACAGCCUUCAUGUUUCACUUGUUCGAUGGUGAUUUUAUCAGAGACCACCCAUUCCUUGGUGAUAAUGAGUCUUUGAACAGUCACCUCUGAAUCACCAGAGCUUGGUUGGGGUAUUUGGACCACCCGGAGCAGCGGGGUGUUGGUAACGCCACCGUUCGGUGAGGUCAGAUUGUUCUUUGUGUUAAUGUCUGCUUGAUAUGAAGGCAGCUUUAAUCCCUCCGUGUCCGUGACACACAACCACAAAGACCAAACCGUCCUUUAAAGGAGCGGUACUUUAUAUUGAACUCUCUGUGACUGGCUGCGUUUAGACUG